AUGAGCAUCACCUUACAAGAUAUUGAGGUGAUGCUAGGGGUUCCUGUUGAUGGGUUGCCAAUUACUGGGGCUGUGAAGAUGGAGUGGCCUACGUUGUGUCUUGAGUUAUUAGGUCAUCGUCCACUAGACCCGAUACCGCAUCCCUAUGAGAACACCUCUAUCCUUGCUGGGGCGAGGAUCAGAUUCUCGUGGCUGGAUGCACUAUUUAGUGGUCCCCUAGCUGCGGAUGCUACUGAUGAGGUAGUGCAGCAACAUGCGCGCUAUCACAUACUCGAUCGGUUGGGGACGAUUUUGUUUAUGGAUAAGUCGGCAGACCGGGUGUCGGUGCUGCCUCUACAGUUCCUAAACCCAAUCAGCAACGUGAAGAGGUACAGUUGGGGUAGUGGGGCAUUAGCCUGGUUGUACAGGCACUUAUGCAAGGCAUCGGAGUCGAAGGCGAAGCAGAUUGGAGGAGCAGUGAUGUUGGUGCAGCUGUGGGCAUAUUCGAGGUUCCCACUGAUAUGCCCUGUUAUGAGGUUGCCACUACUGCCAGUGGAGGCAGGUCCCCUUGCCAAUCGAUGGAAGGGGCCGAAGAGCACGACAGAGCAUGCGACACAUGUGCUAGUUGCGUAUCGUGCGUCACUGUCGAGUAUACGGGCACACCAGGUUGUUUGGGAGCCCUACAGCGAUGUCCUAGGGUUGUUGCCCCCAUAUUGCACUGCCGGCCGACAAAUAUGGAGGGCCGAUGUGCCAUUGAUCUAUUUUUGGAUAGUAGAGGAUCAUCAUCCCGAACGUGUCUUUCGUCAAUUCGGGAUGAAGCAAGUGGCACCGGAUAUUGUAGAUACGUCCGUUCAUCUCCACAAAAUCUCCCUCCAAGGUAAACUAGAUAAGGAUUGGGUGCAAGAGCAUGCUGUCUACAUUGACCGAUGGGCCCAUAGAGAGGAACAUAUUGCUGACGCACCGGCAUUGGAUGGGGACACGACAUACCUUGCUGCUUACAUGGAGUCGUACCGAAAGACGACGAGACGGUACAUUACACGCGACUCGGCGUAUUGGGAAAUCAUGGUUGAGUCCACUGUGGAAUUACUAUUGCAAUGCGAACCAAACUCCGCAGUGUACAAUCACCUGAAGAGGACGCUGGACCUUGUCGGAGAGAUGAGCCGAGGGGCAUUGGAGAAUGCGCGUGCCACGGUGACUGAGGCGAGCACACAGGCUACAGGCCGUGGUGGGGGAGGUCGUGGGUCUAGAGGGCGUGGACGCAGUGGAGGUCGUGCAUACAGUGGAGGUCGUGGAGGUGGUCACGAGGAUGACGAUGUCUUCGAUGAUGAGGCGUUGGAGGGCGACUGGGGCAUGUACAUGGAUGGUGUCGGGUCAUCGCGAUGCACGUCUGACGCUGCUGCCCAGCCAUCCCACCCCCCUGGCCAUGAGAAUAGUGCAGAACACACAUCCUGUGCCCAAGCUGGCCCUCGGUCCCCACCACCCACUCGGCUGUCUCCCCCAUUGUUUGCCGACUCUGCCCAUGACGGUGGCUGUAUAUUUGUACCCACCCCUGGCCGACCGACACCACCUAUAGUUCAAGCUGAGCCCACCCAGGACCCUUCACUUCCUAACCCUGAAGAACCGGCUGCACAGAUCGAACAGAUACAGGGUGAGAAUAUAGUGCCGGUACAUGGGUUGCGAAGAUCACUCCGCACUGACAUACAUCCCCCUGGUUGUGGGACCGGUGACGGUAAGACGAGACCGGCGAAGGCAGUUGUGAGGAAACGAAAAGAUCGUUGAGCCGUUGAUGAUCACAAAGCUUAUGGGGUUGGACGACGUGUUAUUGUUCAGCGUUCAGCUAGCGGAUAAAACUUUGAUAACAUUUUUUGGACAUAAAAGACUGACAGAUUUUUGGAGAGCAUACAUGGCAGCAGAUUUUUGGAGGGCAUAUAUGUUAACAGCUGAUUUUUUGGAUAUGUUAGACACAGCUUUUGGAACAUAUUUUGUAACUAAUGAAGCUACUUAAGCAUGUUUAUGACGUACAUGAAUAUUUGAGUCAGCUUCGAGUUAGGUACCAAUUAUACCAAUUAUAUUUGCAAAGGGUGGAUAUUUUCAUGUGCGAUGGAAAAGUUCAUUUCUAGAUUUUUGUAUCUAUGUAUCUGCAUAUUUGAACAAAGGCAGCUUUAGACGAAUGCAAUAUAGUGAUGAUGGAUGGAGAUCCCACAACUGACAAAUUUUAAUUUAUACAUAGAUUUUUUGAAAUUUUCAUUUUAUGUGGGUCUCUUUUAUAAGCAAAAGACUCUAGUGUAAAUUUAUACAGUUGGGAUUUGUUCAA